UAUGAGUGGGAGUAUGAGUAUCGCGCAGGGAGGAUUUCCCAUCGGGGCAUGCGCCAGGCUUCCUCUCCCUUCAGAUACUAUGAGCGGUGGUGUCUACGGCGGUGACGAGGUAGGCGCUAUCAUCUUCGAUGUCGGACACCAGAGCCUCCGCGUGGGAUAUGGCGGCGAGGACACGCCGAAGGCCGAGAUCCCGACGAACCUCGGGGUGUGGGAGGAACCCGCCGACCCUGGCGGGGUGGACUGCAACAACAUCACCAGGAAGCAUUAUAAUAUCGAUGUCACGGCGAUCCAAGUGCGAAAGAAGGACAUGGAGAUAGUGAGUCUGAUGAAAGACGGUAUGAUCGAUGAUUGGGACAUGUUCGAACGGCUGACAGAGUACACUUACAAGCAACGACUGCACGCCCUGGCCGAGCACCACCCGAUCCUGAUGACUGAAUGUCCGUGGAACACCAGACUGAAGCGUGAAAAAUUGCUGGAGCUGAUGUUUGAGAAAUUCAACGUGCCAGCUAUGUACAUCUGCAAGAACGCUGUGCUGGCCGCUUACGCCAACGGCAGGUCCACGGCAAUGGUCGUAGACAGCGGUGCCACGCACACCAGUGCAGUUCCGGUUCACGAUGGCUAUGUAAUCACUCAAGGAAUCGUCAAGAGCCCGUUGGGUGGCGACUUCAUCACCAUGCAGUGCAGACAGUUCUUCGAGGAGAAGGAUGUUGAAUUGCUACCAGCGUGUCUCGUCGCUAGCAAAGACGUGGUGCGUGAAAGAGAUCCACCGCGUUGGACGAGGCGACCUGGUUCGCAGCCGACGUCUUCCUGGCUGAGCUACAUGGUGCGGGAGGUACUGCAGGACUUCCAGAUGAACUGUCUGCAAGUGUCCGACAGUCCCUACGACGAGGACGUGGCGAAUACUCUGCCUAUGAAGCAUUACGAAUUUCCGACUGGCUACAACGACGAUUUCGGAUCCGUGCGUCUCAUGAUACCCGAGGCUCUUUUCGAUCCCAGCAAUGUUAAAGGCGUGGGCGCGAGUAUUUUAGGGAUUGGUCCUCUGGUCACUACGAGCGUCGGAAUGUGCGACAUGGACAUCAGACCAAGCUUGUACGGUAGCGUAGUGGUAACAGGCGGCAACUCCUGCCUUCAAGGCUUCAGCGAAAGACUGAAUCGGGAUCUGGGCAGUAAGACCCCACCGAGCAUGAGACUGAAAAUAAUUAGCGCAAACAGCUCGAGCGAGCGUCGCUAUGGUGCCUGGAUCGGUGGCUCGAUUCUCAGCUCCCUGGGUUCGUUCCAGCAGAUGUGGCUGUCGCGUCAGGAGUAUGAGGAAUCCGGCAAGCUCAUUUUGGAAAGAUGCGCGUAAUGUAAUCCAGUAGAUGGAUACGCUUGGGAAUCUUGGCGGAAAGCGAAGACGAUCCAGUUUCAAAAUCGAUUAUUUUCUAGACGUCGGUGUUAGAUAGGCGUGUGUAAAGCACGCGUGGCUUAUAAGAGGAGAUAUACAGUUCCUAUAUUGUUCCAAAAAUCUUCCACGUGACGUAUCGUAGAGCAGAAAGAAAAGUCAUUUGUCGCCGCGACGGGUCGUUCCGGAAUGACAUGUCGUGGUGGAUUUUCAUUAGACGUUUAUUUCACUGUAAGCAAAAUACUCGCAUUACAUCAAGACAAUAGUGAUAUCCGUAGUAAUCGCGGUCAUUCUCGCUCUCUAAGUUUAUCUUACUUACUAGAGGAAGCGACAUCGAUUAUCGUAAUGUAAGUAAACGUAUCUCUAGCAUCGUAUAUCUACGCUAUAUACAUCCUGCUGAACGUAAAAAUCGUUCAUCGUUUCAUCACGUGCGAAUCGCGCGCUCAUCAAGAGAUUGUAGGGGUUUUUAUACAAAAGGAAGAAGUGUUGCUGAAACUGAAAAGCAACUAAAUGACUGUCAAGUGCGAUAGUUAACGACAGCUUGAAAAAGCAGCUCUAAAUUCCACAUAAAAUUCCGGAUUUUCCAGCUGUUUAGAGAAUAGUAAUUAUUAUUUUCUACAUGCAGAGAAAAUAUAAAAUAUUCUCGUGUAAUUCGCGACUCGAAAUAUUACAGCAGAUAAACCUGUCAAUUUCAUUUAUAACAUAAUCAAUUAUUUCACUUGCAAGUUCGUGCGUAAAUGAGUCUACUAUUAGCAAUCCUCUAAUAAUAUUCAAAUAACCAUAGUAUAAAAUUUAAUUAUUUCGGAAAGAUCGAACCUUCGUAAAGUAAAACCACGUCAAGUUGCUUCUUCGAACUCGUUCACACCAUCACACAAUUCUUAGACAAGAAUCCUACAGAAGACUAUUUGUGAGUUUUCGCUUUGACGACCGUUUUAUUAAAAUCGAUUGUAAUACUCGAUUGCAAUUCCUUCAAUCAAAAGCUGUACGCACGGUACAGCCGAUAUAUCAAAGUAGAAAUGUGGUAGCUCGAGCUAGUAGUAGCUUUUAUACCUAGACCGCGAAUGAAUGUAACGCGACAUAAUCCAAGAGCGAUUUGUAAUUUUUCGGUGUGUAAGGAAGAUUCGUUUACUCUACCUACUAAUACUGAAAUAGAGUUACCGAACAUCGAGCAAUCGACGCUCGACGGUACGGGAGCGCUGUAUACUUGGUUUCAUUGUCGUGAACCGGAAAUGGUAUGGUAACCAUGCAAAAAUCAAAACCUAACGUGCUAACAGUCUAAUCGUUAGUGGAAUUUAAUGAUCGCUAAUAGUUAGCGGAAUUUCAAUUACACUAACAGAGAAAAAAAGGCCAGAACUAUUAUUGUUCACAUCAAAUGUUCGCAACAAAUCAAAAAGAUUCGAGUACGUUAGAAUACAGAGAAACUAGAUCUAACUGAAAAUUUCAACGCAGAAGAGUAUCGUAAAAUAAAUGUGCUAGCAGUAACAAUGCGAGUUCUGAGUACGGCGUGCAUCUCAGAGAAUUUCUUUCGACCUUUUGGAUCUUGGUACUUCCAAAGAGCUCGUCAUCCGCGUUGCAGUAAUAAAAUACACUACGUUCGAAUAUUGCGCGACAUACGUCCUAUGUUUCUAGUCUUUCGAAACGUCUUUUGUACCGAAUAAAACUCAGUUUGUAA